GCUGUGGCGCGUGUCCAGCUCUGUGCCACGGCUGACUGUCCUCCCCGUGCGCCAUGGGCAGCGCUUCUCGCCCUGGCUGCGGCUCAGGACGGGUACAGCUACGGCGCGCCCGAGACCGGCUACGACUACAAGGAGCCGGUUAACCCGCAGGGUUCCGGCAACACGCCCGGCGGCUCCGUCAUCAAGCCUGCCGGCGACGAGGACCACCACCACGGCGGCUCGAGCGACCCGCUGCAGUGGCUGCGUGACUCUGUGCCCGGCGAGCCCGGUGUGGAUUACCCCAUCUAUGCCACCAUACCGCCGACCAGCUUCAGCUGCGACGGACGCGUACCCGGAUAUUACGCUGACGUGGAGGCCGGCUGCCAGCCGUUCCACGUCUGCAACACCAUGGUCGGCGACGAGUCGAUGAAGCUCUCCUUCCUCUGCCCCAACGGCACCAUCUUCAACCAGGAGGGCUUCGCCUGCCAGUGGUGGUCGGACGUGGACUGUGCCUCGGCCGAGCAGUUCUACAACAAGAACGAGGAGAUCGGCAAGGUGCCUGAGUCGGGCCGCCAGCAACAACGUCAACAGCGUCGUUGGCGGGCCAAGCCAGCAGUGCGGCCGGUGCCGAACCAGUACAUCCCUCCGACCACCACCACGACGACCACGACCGUUCGCCCGCCGCCCGGCCUCUACAACCUGCCCCGGAACUAG